AUGGAUUCUGAGUUUUGGCCAGACCAUGAGUACAAAACAGUGGGAAAGCUUAUUCUUGAAGAUGGGACAGAAUUUGUUGGGUACAGUGUAGGGUAUGAAGGACAUGCAUGUGAAAAAAAGCCUCAAUGUAAUGAAAGUGAAGAUAUUACAGAAAUAUAUGGAAAAAAUAUAAAUGAUGAUAGAUUAUUUAAAGGCAGUAAAAUUGAAAAUGAUGAUUAUAUAGUUACAGGAGAAGUUAUAUUCAAUACAGCCAUGGUUGGAUAUCCAGAAGCAUUAUCAGAUCCUAGUUAUUUUGGUCAGAUAUUAGUUUUGACAUUUCCAUCAAUAGGUAAUUAUGGUGUCGAAAAACCAAAGCACAAUAAAUUUGGUAUAGCAAGUAAUUUUGAAAGUAAUAAAAUACAUGUACAAGGUUUAGUAAUAUGUGAAUAUAGUAAACAAUCAUAUCAUUAUAAUGCAUAUAUAACAUUAAGUGAAUGGUUGAAACAAUAUAAAAUUCCCUGUAUUGGUGGGAUAGAUACUCGAGCAUUGACAAAAAUAUUAAGAGAAAAGGGUAGUAUGUUGGGAAAAAUUGUAGUAUACAAAAAUAGAAAUAAUAUAAAUAAUAUAUAUAAAGAAAUAAAUUUAUUUGACCCUGGUCAAAUUGAUGUUACAAAAUAUGUAUGUAAUCACUAUGUAAGAGUAUUUAAACUGAGAGGUAUUGAAUUUAUAAAUAAUGAAGAGAGAAAUAACAUCAAUAAAAAUUCUAAUUACUUAUAUAAAGACAAUUAUACAGAAUGUGAUAGUUAUCCAAAUUUAGAAAAUGUUGGUUCAUCAUUUGAAAAAAGUUAUUAUAAUAAAAAUUUAAACUACCAUUCAUUAUUAAGAGGGAAAAUGAAUUUAUUAGAAUCGUCAGAAGAAAAUAUUAAAGAUUAUAGUAACUAUCUAAAUUUUAAUGAUAAUAAUUCCGAAAAUAACCCUUUUAGAAAUUUAUAUGGAAUUUGUGAUUAUGAUAAAUAUUUAAUAGAUAUUAUAGAAAAUAAAGAUUACCAUGAAGAUAACUUAGAUCAAUAUGGAUAUUAUAACAUCGAUGGACCUAAAAAGAAAUGUUGUGAACAGAAAGAAAUUGACAAAGAAAUUAAUAUGAACAAUGAUAAUAGUGGUUAUAUACAGAAAACGAUGGAUAAUCAAACAUUUUUGGACCUAGUAAAUAAACGAACUAAUGACAAGGAAAAAAUUAUAGUAAUUGUUGAUUGUGGUAUAAAAAAUAGUAUAAUAAAAAAUUUAAUGAAACAUGGCAACGAUUUACCAUUAACUUAUGUUGUUGUCCCAUAUUAUUAUGAUUUUAAUUAUAUCGAUUAUGAUGCAGUAUUAUUAUCAAAUGGGCCAGGAAACCCAGAAAAGUGUAAAUUGUUAAUUGAUAAUUUGAAAACUAGUUUACAAAAGAAUAAAUUAAUAUUUGGUAUAUGCUUGGGUAAUCAAUUAUUGGGUAUAUCAUUAGGUUGUGAAACUUAUAAAAUGAGAUAUGGUAAUAGAGGUGUAAAUCAACCAGUUAUAGAAUUAUUAAAUAAUAGAUGUUACAUAACUUCACAAAACCAUGGAUAUUGUUUAAAAAAAAAAUGUAUAUUAAAAAGAAACGAUUUAGCUAUCAGUUAUAUUAAUGCUAAUGACAAAUCUAUAGAAGGUAUUUCACAUAAGAAUGGAAGAUUUUAUACGGUUCAAUUUCAUCCCGAAGGAAAUAACGGCCCUGAAGAUACUGGGUUUUUAUUUCGAAAUUUUAUAUUAGAUGUAUUUCAUAAAAAAAGAGAAUAUCGUGAAAAUCUCCCACAAACUAUUAUACAUAUAAAAAAAAAAGUAUUGCUUCUUGGUAGUGGAGGUUUAUGUAUUGGACAAGCAGGAGAAUUUGAUUAUUCUGGUACGCAAGCAAUAAAAAGUUUAAAGGAAUGUGGUAUUUAUGUUAUAUUAGUUAAUCCUAAUAUUGCUACAGUUCAAACUUCAAAAGGUCUAGCAGAUAAAGUAUAUUUUUUGCCAGUAAAUUGUGAAUUUGUUGAAAAAAUUAUAAAAAAGGAAAAACCAGACUUUAUUCUUUGCACAUUUGGAGGUCAAACUGCAUUAAACUGUGCCUUAAUGUUAGAACAAAAGAAAGUUUUAAAAAAAAACAAUUGUUUAGCUUUAGGUACUUCAUUAGAAUCAAUUUUAAUAACUGAAAAUCGAAGUAUGUUUGCUGAAAAAUUAAAAGAAAUUAAUGAAAUAAUUGCCCCAUAUGGUAGUGCAAAAAAUGUAGAAGAAGCUAUUGAAGUAGCUAAUCAAAUAGGUUAUCCCAUUUUAGUGCGUACCACAUUUUCUUUAGGUGGUUUGAAUAGUAGUUUUAUAAAUAAUGAGGAAGAGUUAAUUGAAAAAUGUAAAGAAAUAUUUUUACAAACUGAUAAUGAAAUAUUUAUAGAUAAAUCGUUGAAAGGAUGGAAGGAAAUAGAAUAUGAAUUGCUAAGAGAUAAUAAAAACAAUUGUAUAGCUAUAUGUAACAUGGAAAAUAUUGAUCCAUUAGGUAUUCAUACAGGAGAUAGUAUAGUUGUUGCGCCAUCACAAACAUUAAGCAAUUAUGAAUAUUACAAAUUUAGAGAAAUUGCUUUGAAGGUUAUUACUCAUUUAAAUAUUAUUGGUGAAUGUAAUAUUCAAUUUGGUAUAAACCCCAAAACAGGAGAAUAUUGUAUUAUAGAAGUAAAUGCAAGAUUGAGUAGAAGUUCAGCACUUGCUUCUAAAGCUACGGGAUAUCCACUUGCAUAUAUAUCAGCAAAAAUAGCUUUAGGAUAUGAUUUAGUAAGCUUAAAAAAUAGUAUAACUCGAAAAACAACGGCAUGCUUUGAGCCAUCUCUUGAUUAUAUAACAACAAAAAUUCCACGAUGGGAUUUAAACAAGUUUGAAUUUGCUUCGAAUACAAUGAAUAGUAGUAUGAAAAGUGUUGGUGAAGUUAUGUCAAUUGGAAGAACUUUUGAAGAAUCUAUACAAAAAUCAUUAAGAUGUAUUGAUGAUAAUUAUUUAGGUUUUUCUAAUACUUAUUGUAUAGAUUGGAAUGAAGAAAAAAUUAUUGACGAACUAAAAAAUCCUUCACCUAAAAGAAUAGAUGCUAUACAUCAAGCAUUUCAUUUAAAUAUUUCGAUUGAUGUUAUCCAUGAAUUAACUAAUAUUGAUUAUUGGUUUUUAUAUAAAUUUUAUAAUAUAUACAAUUUGGAGAAUAAAUUAAAAUCAUUAACAUUAGAACAAUUGUCAUUUCAUGAUUUAAAAUAUUAUAAAAAGCACGGUUUUAGCGAUAAGCAAAUUGCUCAUUAUUUGUCUUAUAAUGUCAAAACAAAAGAAAGUGAUGUAAUGAAAUAUCGAGAACAUAUAGGCCUUCAUCCUCAUAUCAAAGUUAUCGAUACUUUAUCUGCUGAAUUUCCUGCUCUCACAAACUAUUUAUAUUUGACAUAUCAAGGAACUGAGCAUGAUGUUUUACCAUUAAAUAUGAAGGUAAAGAAAAUAAAAGACCAUAGACUAAUGGGCAGAGAAUAUAAUGAAAUAAGAGGUGAUACGACACAACAUUGUCAUAAUAAUAAAAUUGUAUAUAAUGAAUUUUCCUUUAAUAAAGAAAUAUCCCAACAAGAUGGAGUCAAUGGUUUAAGAGGAGAUAUGAAUAAUGCUGAGGGAGAGGACGGAAUACAAAAUAAUAAAAAACAUCCAGAUUAUAGCACAAUACCAUCAUGCAAAUACAUGCAUAAUCAUAUCAAUGGACGGUGUAUGGGGCAUGGACAUAAUGAUAUGUUUAAUUUGAAAAACUUUUUAAAAAAUAACAAAAGAGAAGAAGGUUUUAUCGAUAAUGACGAGAAAAAUGCGAUGGGAGAUAAUUAUGGCAAUGAAAAAAAAUGUCCAUUUUCUGGGCACAAAAUGAUAGGCAAAAUGGAUUACCAUAAUUUUGCAAUGCAUCACGGUAUGAAAUGCCCAAUGGGAGAAAAAAAAGAAAAUUGUAUGCCUAAUAGCAAAUGCUGCCCAUAUAUUACAAAAAAUGAAAAUGAUAAUCAAAAUGAUGGAAGCAAUUUGGACGAGUUUAGAUCAAAUCGAAGUUCUCAUUCAACAAAUGAUCUAUUAUAUUUAGAAAAUUGUAAUACAUCAGAAGAUGAGGAAGAUAAUAGAGGUCAUAAUAAAUUAAUUAGAAUCGAUGAAAAUAGAGGAAGCAUAAAUAAUAUUGCAAAUAGCUCAUAUUAUAUUAGAGAUUCCGUAUAUAAUAAUGAAUAUAAAAUAAAUAAGAUGAGGGAAUUAAUUAAUAAGGAUAAUGAGAGCGAAUUAAUAAAAAGUGAUAAGAAUUUUGCAAAUAUCACAAAUGGCAAAUGUGAUUGUAUUCAUAAUGAUAAAGAAAAAACUAAGAAGAUUAAUUAUAACGAGGAAAAUGAAUGUAGAUGCCCCAAUAAUAGCAAUACUAGGAGAAUGGCAUCAAAAAAUAAUAGUAGCUUAAUGAACAGCUACAAUGAUGAUAAAAGUGACUGCUUUUCAGAAUUAUCCUAUAUUCAAAAUCAUAAGAAAAACGACUAUGAAUAUGAAGACUUAUAUUCCCGAUCAUCUGAUAACUGUUAUAGUAGUCAUAGCAUUACUAUGAAGGGUGAUAAUGAUAGUAGUGUGCUUGAUUAUGAAGAAGAUGAAUUAAACUCGGAAUUAUCAUCUAUUAAUUCUGAAAAUGAUAAUAUAUUUCAUGAAAAGUUUGAUGGUAUUGGAUUUAAAAUAAUUAAUAAUAAAAGAGAGUUGGAGAAGGACAAGAAGAAAUGCUUUAUUGUUUUGGGAUGUGGAUGCUAUAGAAUUGGUAGUUCUGUUGAAUUUGAUUGGAGUGCAAUACAUUGUGUUAAGACCAUAAGAAAAUUAAAUCAUAAAGCAAUAUUAAUUAAUUGUAAUCCCGAAACAGUUAGUACAGAUUAUGAUGAAAGUGAUAGAUUAUACUUUGAUGAAAUAACAACAGAAGUUAUAAAAUUUAUACAUAAUUUUGAAAAAAGUCAAGGUGUUAUUAUAGCUUUUGGUGGUCAAACAUCGAAUAAUUUGGUUUUCAGUUUAUAUAAAAAUAAUGUAAAUAUAUUAGGGUCGAGUGCAAAAAGUGUAGAUUGUUGUGAAAAUCGAAAUAAAUUUUCUCAUUUAUGUGACUCCUUAAAAAUAGAUCAACCUAAAUGGAAUAAAUUCACAAAAUUAUCAAAAGCUAUACAAUUUGCCAACGAAGUUAAAUUCCCUGUCCUUGUCAGACCAUCUUAUGUCUUAUCCGGUGCAGCUAUGAGAGUAGUAAAUAGUUUUGAAGAAUUAAAAAACUUUUUAAUGAAAGCCGCAAUCGUAAGUAAAGAUAACCCCGUUGUUAUCUCGAAGUUUAUUGAAAAUGCUAAAGAAAUUGAAAUUGAUUGUGUAAGUAAAAAUGGUAAAAUGAUUAAUUAUGCUAUAUCGGAACAUGUAGAAAAUGCAGGAGUUCACUCAGGAGAUGCCACUUUAAUAUUACCUGCCCAAAAUAUAUAUGUAGAAACACAUAGAAAAAUUAAAAAAAUUUCUGAAAAAAUUUCAAAAUAUUUAAACAUUUCUGGGCCAUUUAAUAUUCAAUUUAUUUGCCAUCAAAAUGAAAUAAAAAUUAUUGAAUGUAAUUUAAGAGCAUCAAGAACAUUCCCAUUUAUUUCGAAAGCAUUAAAUUUGAAUUUUAUAGAUUUAGCCACAAGAAUUUUAAUGGGUUAUGAUGUUAAGCCAAUGAAUAUAUCGCUGAUCGAUUUAGAGUAUACAGCUAUUAAAUCUCCAAUUUUUUCAUUUAACAGAUUACAUGGAUCGGAUUGUAUAUUAGGUGUCGAAAUGAAAUCAACAGGAGAAGUAGCUUGUUUUGGUUUAAAUAAAUAUGAAGCUUUACUUAAAUCUUUAGUUGCUACAGGCAUGAAAUUACCCAAGAAGUCAAUCUUAAUAAGUAUUAAAAAUUUAAAUAACAAGUUAGCAUUUGAAGAACCAUUCCAAUUAUUAUUUUUGAUGGGUUUCACAAUUUAUGCCACUGAAGGAACGUAUGAGUUUUAUUCCAAAUUUUUAUCAUCAUUUAAUAUUGACAAAAAUUCAAAAUUCCAUCAAAAACUUAUAAAAGUUCACAAUAAAGAUUCAGAAAAUAUAUUACCAAAUAUAACUGAUUUAAUUAUGAAUCAUAAAGUCGAAAUGGUUAUAAAUAUAACAGAUGCAUUAACAACAAAAGUUGCUUCGCAUGGAUAUAAAAUUAGAAGACUUGCUUCCGAUUUCCAAGUACCUAUAAUAACAAACAUGAAAUUGACCUCCUUAUUCAUUGAUUCAUUGUAUAGAAAAUUUUGCAGAAAAAAAGAAAGAAGAUCUUUUUACACUAUCAAGAGUUACGACGAAUACAUCAGUCUAGUUUAA